GGCACAAGCAAUUUUCGGCCAGCAUGUUUUAAGGGAAACAAAUCUUAAUUUAUCUAUUUUUAUUUGGUAAGAUUUGAUUCUCAAUAUCCAUUCCAAUCUCUUCUACCGUAAAUUCUUUUAACGUAAAUUCUUCUUCUGUAAAAUCUUAUAUUCUAAAAACACUUCAUCUCCGUAUUAUACCAAAAACCUGUAAGUCUGGGAAGCUUCAAGUCGGCGGCCAUGGAGGAUUUAGAAUAUCCGGCGUCUUUAGAAGAUGAAACAAUUGAACUUGUAUUUCCGGAAUGUGAUGCUAAAAGCAAACCGUUUGAGGGGCAGAUAUUUCCAAAUCUACAAUUAGCAUGUCAGUUCUACAAAGACUAUGCAAAACUAUGCGGCUUUGCAGCCAGAAAAAGUACAAGCACAAAAGUUGAUGGUACAAUUGUAACAUACUAUAUGUUAUGCAAUAGAGAAGGCCAUCCUCCUGUACCAGAUGUGUUGUUGAUGCCUGAAAGUGGAAGUUCAAUAAAAAAGCGUAAGAAAACAUCAUGCAAGGUGAAGUGCAUGGCACGAAUUAUUUUUCAAUAUUUGGAUUUGGGUGUAUAUAAGGUUCGUACGUUCAACGAGGGUCAUAACCACACCAUGGUUCCUACUGUAUCUCGACACCUUAUGCCCGUCAACCGGACUGUUACUCCCGUCCAUCAGAUGUGGAUUACUUCUGCCAUUAAAGCACGUAUUGGUCCUAUGAGAUCUUUUCGCAUGUACAGAGAGAUUAUGGAUAAAUAUGAAGACAUUGGAUGCACUAGUGAUGAUUUCAAAAAUUUUGCUCAUGAGCUCUAUGUUUACGCACUUGAUUCAGAUGCUCACAUGAUUUUAGAAACAUUCAAGAAUAAAAAAGAGUUAGGCAAUGGCUUCCAAUAUUUUUACGAGGUAGACGAUGAGAACAGGCUGAUUCGGUUGAUUUGGACCGACGAAACAUCUAUCAGAAACUACAAAUUAUUUGGUGAAGCCGUGUCCUUUGAUGCAACAUACAAUACCAACAGGUAUAAAUUGAUCUUCACACCGUUCACCGGUAGGGAUAACCAUGGCAAGUGUUUGUCAUUUGGUGCAGCCAUUAUAUCUCGAGAAGACGUUGAUUCUUAUUCUUGGGUUUUAGAGAAGUUUGUGGAAUGCGUGGGAAAUGCCCCACCACUAUUAAUAACUGAUCAAGAUCCAGGGCUGAAAAAGGCUGUUGCGGCUGUGUGGCCUGAAACACGUCACAGAUACUGCAUGUGGCAUAUUACAAUCAAGGUGGCUGAGAAGUUGCCGUCAAGAUUGAGGGAUAGCACCGAUUUCAAGACCAAGUUUGGGAAAAUUGUGUGGACUGAUUUGGUUGAGCCUUAUUUUUUUGAGGAGAGUUGGAAGAAUCUUAUGGAUGAAUACGACUUGUUGGAUAAUAGAUGGUUUUCAGAUAUGUUUGAGGAUCGUUCACACUGGAUCCCGACAUAUUUUAGAGAUGUGAGUAUGAGUGGAUUAUUCAGAACGACAUUGUUGUCAGAGAGCGAGAAUAGCUACUUUAAACGGUUUCUUAACAAGAACGGAAAUAUUAUGAUGUUGUACAUGCACUAUUGCAGUGCAUUGGAGGCUCAACGUCAUAAUUAUCAUAAGAUUACUCUUGCUGAUGAGACUGGCGUUCUACCCUUGAAGACGAGCCUUAAAAUAGAGAAGCAUGCUUCAUCUAUAUACACCAACAACAUAUUCAAGGAGGUACAAGAAGAGAUAUAUGCUUCUCAAUCCUAUUGCAGCAUGUAUAAGAUGGAGGAUCAAGCCGAUGAGAGCAUAUAUACUGUGCAUGACAAUGUUGAUGGCAAAUUUGUGGUGCGACACAGACUGGAUGACAGUUAUUCAUUUUGUAACUGCAACCUGUUCGUCAGAAAAGGUAUUCUGUGCAAACACAUUUUUCUUGCUUUUCGCACAUUGCAAGUGGAUAGAAUUCCUGAUAAAUACAUAUCAAUUCGCUGGAGCAAGUUUAGAAUUUUGUCGGCCAUGGUUCCUGGACUUGAGCUCGGUAGUGCCCCUAGCCAAAAAUCUGUUAUUGGUAACAAUCAGUUUUUCAAUGUUCUUUGCAAUUGUGUUGGGUAUGUCGGUGACAAUCAAGAGCUACGUGAAGAACUACUUGCAGCCCUGAUUGAAGUGGAAAAAAGAUUUUCAAAGGAGGGCAGUAUAGAGUCUAAGAUCGAAGCUAAGCAUAGGCUUUUCAAUGAUUUUUAUGGUAUUGCACCACCUGAAACACCAUCUGUUUUACCUCCGCUCAUAGCCAAAACCAAAGGGAGUGGCACUGGUGGAAGAAGAAAAUCAAACCAAGAGAAGGCCAUGGUUCUUGCUCAGAAGCCAAUGCGUAAUUGCAAGAAGUGCAAUACGAUGGGGCAUCAUGAUUCAAGGAAUUGCCCAACAAAAAAGACUUUGCAUUGA